AUGGGGGUGAAAAAACCUUGGAUCCAACUUCAGAAACGUCUCAACUGGUGGGUCAGAGAACAAGACUGGAACCAGCAUGUGGAUCAGCUUCAUAUGCUACAGCAGAAAAGUAUUUGGGAGUCACCACUGCUUAGAGCAGCCAAGGAAAAUGAUAUGUGCACACUUAAGAGACUUCAACAUGACCAGAACUGUGACUUCCGACAAAGAGGAGCUCUGGGGGAGACAGCACUGCAUGUAGCAGCCCUCUAUGACAACCUGGACGCUGCUAUAAUGCUGAUGGAGACUGCUCCACACUUGGUCACGGAGCCUACACUGUGCGAGCCAUUUGUAGGUCAGACUGCACUGCACAUCGCAAUUAUGAACCAGAAUGUGAACCUGGUCCGUGCCCUGCUAGCCCGAGGAGCCAGUGCCUCUGCCAGGGCUACAGGUUCUGCCUUCCAUCGAAGUUCCCACAACCUCAUCUACUAUGGAGAACAUCCUUUGUCCUUUGCUGCCUGUGUGGGUAGUGAGGAGAUUGUUAGACUGCUCAUUGAGCAUGGAGCUGACAUUCGGGCCCAGGACUCUCUGGGAAAUACAGUACUGCACAUACUUGUCCUACAGCCCAACAAAACCUUUGCCUGCCAGAUGUACAACCUGCUACUCUCCCAUGAUGGGGGAGACCACCUGAAGUCCCUGGAACUUGUGCCCAACAACCAAGGACUCACCCCUUUCAAGCUGGCUGGGGUGGAAGGCAACACUGUGAUGUUUCAACACCUGAUGCAAAAACGGAAGCACAUCCAGUGGUCAUUAGGACCCCUAACAUCUUCCAUUUAUGAUCUCACAGAAAUUGACUCCUGGGGUGAGGACUUGUCCUUUCUGGAGCUUGUGGUUUCCUCCAAGAAGAAAGAGGCUCGUCAGAUUCUAGAACAAACCCCAGUGAAGGAGCUGGUGAGCCUGAAGUGGAAGAAAUAUGGACAACCCUAUUUCUGCCUCCUGGGUAUGCUGUACAUCUUCUACAUGAUCUGCUUCACCACAUGCUGUGUUUACCGCCCCCUCAAGUUCCGUGAUGCCAACCGUACACAUGUUAGAGAUAACACCAUCCUGGAACAGAAACCACUACAGGAAGCGUAUGUGACUUACCAGGAUAAGGUCCGGCUGGUGGGAGAACUCGUGACAGUCAUUGGGGCUGUGGUUAUUCUACUCAUAGAGAUCCCAGACAUCUUCAGAGUUGGUGCCUCUCGCUACUUUGGACAUACAGUUCUUGGGGGUCCAUUCCAUGUCAUUAUCAUCACAUAUGCCUCCCUUGUGCUACUGAUUAUGGUGAUGAGGCUUACCAGUAUGAAUGGGGAGGUGGUCCCCAUAUCCAUGGCCCUGGUGCUGGGCUGGUGUAGUGUCAUGUACUUCUCCCGAGGAUUCCAGAUGCUGGGCCCCUUCACAAUCAUGAUUCAGAAGAUGAUUUUUGGAGACCUACUGCGCUUCUGCUGGCUAAUGGCUAUGGUCAUCCUCGGAUUUGCCUCUGCCUUCUAUAUCAUCUUCCAGACAGAGGAUCCAGAGAGUCUGGGAGAAUUCUCCGACUACCCUACAGCAAUGUUCAGCACCUUUGAGCUCUUCCUUACCAUCAUUGACGGUCCGGCCAAUUACAGUGUGGAUCUACCCUUCAUGUACCACCUAACCUAUUUUGCUUUUGCCAUCAUCGCCACACUACUCAUGCUCAAUUUGUUCAUUGCCAUGAUGGGUGACACUCACUGGCGAGUGGCCCAGGAGAGGGACGAACUCUGGAGAGCACAGGUUGUAGCCACCACAGUGAUGCUGGAGAGGAAAAUGCCCCGUUUCCUGUGGCCUCGCUCUGGUAUCUGUGGUUGCGAAUAUGGCCUGGGAGAUCGCUGGUUCUUACGGGUUGAACACCACCAGGAGCAGAAUCCGUAUCGAGUACUUCGCUAUGUGGAAGCUUUCAAAUCUUCAGACAAGGAGGAAGUACAAGAACAACUAUCUGAGAAGCAGCCUUCCGGGACUGAGACUGGGACUUUAGCUAGAGGCUCUGUGGUUCUCCAAACGCCUUCUUUGUCCAGGACUACAUCCCUAAGCAGCAAUAGCCACCGUGGAUGGGAAAUUCUCCGUCGAAACACCCUGGGACAUUUGAAUCUUGGACAAGACCUUGGUGAGGGAGAUGGAGAGGAGAUCUACCAUUUCUGAAGAGAAUUCUGUUUCUCUAGACCUAGCUCCAGGUGGGCCAAGGUGUA